ACGAGUCUCCAGGCUGUACGGUGGAUGCAGCCUCAGUGGCCCAAGCUCCAAGAUGCUCCCUCUAGUGUCUUGUACGCUCACAGGUUUUUCCCGACCUUGGAGAGGCCGGGCGAUCUAAGGCCACCUACUACAGUAAAUCUAAGGAGCUUCCAAUCAAGUCCCGCGCGCCUCUGCAGUGCCGGGGUUGGAGCUCUCUGGACGUAAGGUCUGCCAUUCGUUUGCUUCCUCCCCUCCCAUUGGCCCCUGGGAGAUCGAGGCAGCUUUUUUUUACCGAUUGGGCGGGGCCCAACCGAGGGAGGGUCGGGUCUUUGAUAUCUUUUUUGCCCGGUUCCAAGAUGGCGUUCAGGACCACGCUGGGAAUGCAGCGUGAAGCCGCAGUGCUGCCAUCACUCAAGAUGGCUGCCCCCAUCAAGAUGACCGGGGUGUGCCGGGGGGAAAGGGGUAGCAUGAUGGUCUGAGACGGUCUAGCGUCGGACCAUGUGGAAGUUUCUGGGAGUGGGGAGUCGGAUGAUGGCGGGUGGGGCCCGUGGGGGGUAGCGGGAGCAAUAGCGUCCUUUCCCAGGAUAACCACGGCCCAUCCCUUGUCCUCUGGACUGAAAUGGGGAACACGUUGGGCCUGGCACCGAUGGGGGCUUUGCCCCGGCGGAGCCCCCGUCGAGAGGAACCUCUGCCCAACCCUGGGAGCUUCGAUGAGCUGCACCGGCUAUGCAAAGAUGUAUUCCCAGCACAGAUGGAGGGAGUGAAGCUCGUUGUCAACAAGGUUCUGAGCAGCCAUUUCCAGGUGGCUCACACUGUGCACAUGAGUGCUCUGGGCUUGCCCGGCUAUCACCUCCAUGCGGCCUAUGCAGGGGACUGGCAACUUAGCCCCACAGAGGUGUUCCCCACUGUGGUAGGGGAUAUGGACAGCAGUGGCAGCCUCAACGCCCAGGUCCUGCUCCUCUUGGCAGAGCGGCUCCGAGCCAAGGCUGUCUUCCAGACACAGCAGGCCAAGUUCCUGACGUGGCAGUUUGAUGGCGAGUAUCGGGGAGAUGACUACACAGCCACUCUGACCCUAGGAAAUCCUGACCUGAUUGGGGAAUCAGUGAUCAUGGUCGCUCACUUCCUGCAGAGCCUCACUCAUCGGCUGGUGCUGGGAGGAGAGCUAGUUUAUCACCGGCGGCCAGGCGAAGAGGGGGCCAUCUUGACACUGGCUGGGAAGUACUCAGCUGUACACUGGGUAGCUACAUUGAAUGUGGGAUCAGGUGGGGCCCAUGCAAGUUAUUACCACAGGGCAAAUGAACAGGUUCAGGUUGGAGUGGAGUUUGAGGCAAACACGAGGCUACAAGACACAACCUUCUCCUUUGGUUACCACCUGACUCUGCCCCAGGCCAACAUGGUGUUUAGAGGCUUGGUGGAUAGUAACUGGUGUGUGGGUGCUGUGCUGGAGAAGAAGAUGCCCCCGCUGCCUGUCACCCUAGCCCUCGGAGCCUUCCUUAAUCACUGGCGCAACAGAUUCCAUUGUGGCUUCAGCAUCACUGUGGGCUGAGGUUGUCCUAGAGCCUCCCCUCACAGCAGCUGGAACCUCUGAGUCAGGUGCCCUAGGGCCAGAGACUAGGCCUCUUUCCAGAGCCCACCUUGCUGGGUGACCUUUAGGUCCCAGGACCAGAGUGGGGGACAGGACCAUGCCCUCCUCAGAACUGGAGCUGCCACAGGGACAGCUGACGAGGCAAUGGUUUGAGGCUCCCACAUCUGCCACCAGCCCUGAUAUCAUCUUCCCAGGCUCUUGUGGCUCUAAAGACUAAGGGAGAAGGAUUAAGGGGUAUGUCUGGCUGAAUUGUCUCCCCUCACUCGCCCCUUCUUCGUUUCCCUGUCAAUUAAAGCUCCUAGCCUCUUCCUCUUCAGAGCAGAAAAUUCUGCAUGGGAUUAGCUGCCCAUCCUGUUUUCCAUCCCAGAGCCUCCCAAGGCUGGGAAAGAAGGGCUGACCUUUGACCUCAGAAAGUGGGGCCCACCCAUUCCCAGAAGGAGCUUCUUUACCUCUUAGCACUGAGGCUUCCUCCUUCCCCAUCUUCUGUGCUUCCAGAGAACAACUUUGUCCCCAAGGUCACCCCCUCUCCUCCCCAUGACUGCAUGAAGAGGCAGUUAUUACUUUAAUCUUUCAUUGCAACCACUGGGCUUUCUCCUGGUCCCAACCUCUGGUCCCAGCCUUUUCCCCUUUCCAGUCCAGUGUGUCCAGAUGGGCUGGGGAAGGAGGUGAGCUGGGGCCUCAGCUGAAGAUCUCCUGGAGCAGUGGCAUCAUGGCGAACAGUCCCUGGAUGUGCUGGAUUUGGUAUCCAUAUGCGUUGUUAAGGCUCCGGAGCUCAGCCAACAGGCCCAGCAGUUUUGCAUACAGAAACCUUGGAGGAAGUAGUGGGAUCACCAGGGAAAGAGGAAAGAAAUAAGGCAGCUGAGGGUCUUGUCCUGAGGCCCAGAUCCCUUGAACCCCUCAGUGAAGCUAGGUUUGAACACUAAAGAAAAUCAUGCUCUGGUAUGACAAAUUUAUCAAAGCUUCCCAAGGUCCCCAAGGGAGCCUCUGUCUGACAUUGUCUUAUCUCACCACGCCCAGUUUUUCUUGAACACAGAGCUCUGAGGACCAAGUGUGAAGAAAGCCUCAGACUUUCCAGAACUUCAAUGGUGUGGAAUCUGGGGGUCCGGCCUUCUAGAGCAGGUUCUAGAAUGUGGGUGUGUUCUAUGGUAUAAAGCAUUCCUCUUCUGGCCGAACUGGCUCAUUGAGGGAUGAGGGAGAACAGAAGUGGAGCAUACCUCAGAGCCUGGAGAGAUCAUGAACUGUUGAGCCAGGGACUGGCUUUGGCCAUGAAACUGUGAAUGACUAUAACCUCAAGGGGAAUGAAAAAGGAAUUGUCCCAAUGGAGAGGAGGGGAAGGGCCAAAGAAAGAGUGAGGAAGAGUCAUGAAAGCCUGCUUUGGUCUGGAGAAGUUGGAUUGGUGAGGAGAUGGAUGUCAUCAAUCUCAGGAAUGCUAUUAUACAGAGCCUGUGAGCUACUACUUUGCAUCUACUGAAUAAAAAAAUCUGGAAGGAGUGAGAUGAAACAGUGGUAGGAGCAAUUUGGAUGCUGGAACCAUAUGAGAUGGGAGGGGAGGACUAGACCCCCAAGGGACCUGGUUUCCCAAAGGAAAGGACAGGAAAAGCAUUCAUUCU